AUGCCCCCGUUCUUCCUCCACCUUUCCUCACGCACACAGCACGUACGAUCCCUUGCCUCCCUCCCAUUGCUAGCAGAAGCUAAGGAGCAGAUCGUUGCUAAUCUAGCCAAUUUCGCCUACGACCCAAUCAAUUAUGAUUACAUGCGCAAGCUGAACGUGUUAGGGCUAUUUCUUGACUGUCUGACGGAGGAGAAUGCUAAGCUAGUUGACUUCGGGAUGGGAGGGCUGUGUAAUUCCGCCGCAGAUACAGCCAACGCAUCAGCGAUUGCCUCUGCAGACAACAUCCCCCUUAUAGUAGAUUGCUUAUCGAGUCCAGUUGAGAGUACUGUCUUGUCUGCGCUUGCCUGCCUUUACUACAUUUGCACUCCUCGCACCCGAUCGUGUAUGUAUGUAUGUAUGUAUGCAAAUGCUAAACCAUCCAUGCACCAGUAUAAGUAA